GGUUGUGUUUAGAAGAGUCAGACACAAAAUAUAAUUCAUUAUGCGAAAAGAAUGCGCUCGAGAGGAGAAGUUAUAAGGAUGUUACAGUAGUUCUAAGCAGCUGUUUUAGCCUUUCCUUCCCUAAAUAAAGUAUGUACAUACAAUUAGUUCAAAAGUAUAUAUGGCUGACAUGACUUGGAGUGCUCCUAAAAUGUUUACAUUACUUUUGUUAGCAUUUUUAUUGGAUACUGAUCAUUAUGCAUGCCAGGGUACAACGAACGAACCAAAGUGGCUUGCAUUUACCAAUAAAGACUGGGGUGAAGUCUAUGAGCCAUCAACCACCGAAAAACAGCUUGAUCGAACAAAAAUUAAUUGCAUUUACGUUGGAUCAGAAAAAGGUUCAUCAUACAUGAAAUGUGAAAAAAACUAUUCUUGCUUUAGUCACAUUUCUUUUCUUGUUGUUAAGAAUAAAGUCACCAUCACGAAAAAAAGUCAGGGCUGUUGGCCAACAUUUUUACGUAAAAAAUCAGGAAAUUGCACUUCUUCUGCUUGCUUGAUUGAGGAUGUGGAAAGAUCUGGCAAUAAUACAAUUAAAUCACGGUUUUGUUGUUGUACUGGUUCCUUAUGUAAUGCUAAACUGCAGUUUAUUGAAAAGCAUGACACAACUACAUUGCCUACAACAUAUAAAGUAUUGGUUAGAAACGAUUCCAAACUCAUCCCAACGAUGGUGGUGUCUAGUAUAACCCUAGUGUUCAUUAUUGUCUGUCUCAUCGUAUUAUACUGUUGGAAACAGAAACAAAAGAGGAACACUAAUGCAAGGCUAUCACAAGCAUUUUACUACGGGCAGUAUCCAGCUCUAGAAAUAAAUAUAAUAGCCUCUCCUACCUUGGAUGGUAUAUUACAUGGAAACCUCAUUCACCAGGGCUGUCAUAGUGCUGUAAGACUAGGAACAUUUAAUGAUAAAACUGUCGCAGUCAAGGUUUUUCCGCCGAGAAGUAAACUUCAGUGGAAAAACGAGAAAGAAGUUUAUGGAAUACUGGGUCAACACCCGAAUAUAGCUGAGUUCAUCACUUGUGAUCAGAUUCAAGGUAACGAAAGCUUUGAAGGUGUUAUCAUGAUGUUGUAUUAUAAAGAAGGUUCCUUGUUAAAUUAUUUACGUCAGCGCACUCUCUCAUGGAAACAAAUGUUAAGAAUGACAUAUGAUGUGGUGAAUGGUUUAGCGUAUUUACAUGGGGAAAGCGAGAACACCCGUGAGGGUCAACUGAGACACGGCAUUGCUCAUCGCGACUUGAACAGCCGCAAUAUCUUGGUGAAAUCUGAUGGAACAUGCGUUUUAGCUGAUUUUGGUUUUGCAUUACAAUUAUCGGGACAUCCACCCGAAAAAUAUCCUUUGGUUGGUUCUCCCAGAUACAUGCCUCCAGAGGUACUGGAUGAUUCUUUGGUCCUAACUGAUUGGAUGUCAUCGAUGAAGCAAGUUGAUUGUUACGCUCUGGGUUUAGUGUUGUGGGAAUUGUGUCGUAGAUGUUAUGAUAUCUGCCAAGCAGAUGCAGACGUACCGGAUUGUAUGCUGCCGUACGAGGAAGAAUUGGGUACUGGACCUUCAUUACGAAGAGUUAAAUAUCACGUGUGUAGAAAAAGGCUAAGACCAAAAUUUCCUGUCCAGUGGCGAAAAGAUGACUAUUCCUUGUCCUACUUUAAGCUGAUUAUGCAAGAAUGUUGGGACCAAGAUGGAGAUGCGCGUCUCACAUCAUUGUGUGUUUUAAAUAGACUAAAACAACUGAUAGAUGCGUUGUCAACGGAAGAACUCGAGCGUAGAGAAACAUCUCUCGCACCAGAAACUUGUAUUUAUUUCGAUGAAGGUCGUGAAUUAAAUGAAGCGAUGCAGUCACUUCUGGUGAAACCAGAAUGCUUAGCGAGUGCUGACAUUGCGUAAUUUGUGUUGUAUAUUUUUUGUAGUUGUGUUGUUUUUGUUGUUUUUUAAACUUUAAUAUCAUUGAUGGUAAUUCCACUUCUCGUCUAGGUGGACAAAUUGCUUGCUCGCCUUUAGCUUCGUAUGUUUUCAUGUGUCGCCAUUCGUUAAUUUUGAAUAAAAGACGGAUAUAGCAAACUUGUGAAGAAGUUAUUACGCUGAGAAUUUUUUACAGUUGAGAAAUAAUUUGAGCGUCAAUCAAAACUAGUCAAGUUUAUUUUAACCGUGAAUGUUUUCUGCGUGCGAAGAGGUGCAUGUUAGGUGAUAUAAGUCUACUGCUGCAACGUGUAGUUGAUUUGUGUUUUUCAUUUGUUGUUGUUGUUGUUGUUUUUACUGCGCUCACAGUACUAAAAAUGAGUAUUUUGUAAAUUUUACUGUAUGUUUAGUGUUGGCUGUUUGUGCAGCUAAUAAAAUGUUUAAAACGCUGUGAAUUCCUUGCACAUACGUAUUUUGAAAGAAACUCUUUGAACGAUUUUUGAUGACACAAAUCGUCUGCGGUGGAGUUCUUUCUGCAGCAUUUAUGCUUGGUUUGUGGAUUAUACGUUGACAACGGGCAACCUUCCGGAUCCUCCUCCGUGGAUAUUAUGAUCAUAUUGAUCUGUGCUUGUUUUGUGUUUCAAAAAUGUUGAAAGAUAGAAUACAGAUAGCUAUUAAGAAUAGCUUUAUUUAGAUUUUAUCGAAUCACUUAAUCGUAGUUUUAGAAUUUUUUUGGCACUCUGUUCGGUUUUUUAUGUAAUAUUUUAAAAUUUGGUUCCAAACUGAAUUUUCCAACAUUGUGUUUUUUAAAAGUUUGGUGUUUUACUGCAGAAAUUUUGACCAUUUUUGUUUAAGUUAUUUCUUUUGAUAAAACAUAAACGAACUUUGUAUAUUCGUAUCUUAGUUUCACCAAGGAGCCUUGGCUUCACGUACUAAAAUAAUUUUUCAUGCUCGUGUGUCAUUUUAUACUGUUUUAUCUGUUACUGUAUCUGAUACUAGAUCACUUUCAGAUUGAUGAAGAUCAGAGGAAAAUAUUUUUUUCGCGAGUUAAUACUACGAAUGCACCAUUUUAACGCAAAUGCUUCACUCUUAGCACAUUAAUUUCUACCUUUGUUUUUAUUUGUUUUAGUACGGAGCUAAACGUAGAUAUGUAUUAAACACGCAAACUUUUAGAAUGGUGAAUUAGAAUUUGCUUUAUGAGGAAUAA